CUGUAGUACCUCCCCCUAAACGUUGUAAACUGUUAAUGUUGUUGCAUUGCGGUUCCGUGAAGAAGAAAAAAACAGAUCAGACGUCAUUCGGCCAAUCGCCUCUCUACCGGGGCUUUCCAUCAUGGCGUCUAUGCAGAAGCGAUUACAAAAGGAAUUGUUGGCAUUGCAGAGUGAUCCACCUCCUGGAAUGACACUCAAUGAGAGAAGUGUGCAGAACACAAUCACUGAGUGGUUAAUAGAUAUGGAAGGUGCUCCAGGUACUCUCUAUGAAGGAGAGAAGUUUCAGCUCCUCUUCAAAUUCAGUAGUCGAUAUCCUUUCGAUUCACCUCAGGUAAUGUUCACUGGAGAAAAUAUACCCGUCCACCCGCACGUCUAUAGCAACGGUCACAUCUGUUUAUCUAUUUUAACGGAGGACUGGUCACCAGCGCUGUCUGUGCAAUCUGUUUGUUUAAGCAUUAUUAGCAUGCUUUCAAGCUGCAAAGAAAAGCGACGUCCUCCAGAUAACUCUUUUUAUGUAAAGACAUGUAAUAAGAAUCCAAAGAAAACCAAGUGGUGGUAUCAUGAUGAUACAUGCUAGUAUCCUCACUAUUUUGAUAUAUAAACAGACUUUUCCAAGUACAUCAAGUACUUUAUGAUGCAGUCUUUGGGUUAAGACUGAACCAGCAGACCCUGGAGUGGUGAUUUAUGUAUGGAUUAAGUGUACACUUCUGCUGACUGGAAAAAGUGCUUAAAAACUGCAGGAAUGUAACCCACCCGGCAAGUAUAUUCUGAUGAAAGCAAGAUGUGGAGCUUUUUUUUUAUGUUUGAUUUACGUUGUAUUGUUCUCUUUCAUAAGCCUCUGAGGGUUUGCACCGGUUGUGCAAUAAUAACUUCAGUGUGGGUUUGGAAUAAAAUGAAAGUCAGUGCAAAUCAGAAAACCAGCUACUGUAAUGGAUUAGAGACAGAUGUCUAUCCUUGCUUGGUUAUGCACUGUGAAAUUCAAACAGGGCACAUUUUUCACAUGUAUUUUAUGUAAUAUUUUAGCUGUAUAGUUUAAAACCAUAGUUUCUUUUAAAACAUAAGCCAUUUUAAGUUGAAUAUUGUAGCUGGGUGUGGUGUAUAGGACUAUUCUGAUAAAUGUCAUAUUUACGGAUAUGUACAGAUUUAAUGCAGGGUGUUGAUCAUAUGAUCUUAAAGGGUAUUUGGAAUUACACAAAUGGUUUAUGGAUUAGGAUUCAAGCACUGGUUUUAUAUAUAGACCCCCAUUUUGUGUAGUUAAAACGAGAGAUAACUUUACGCAUAAUCACUUUAUCUUUUAUGUAAAGCUCUAUCUAGUAAUAUUAAAAUUGUCUGUUUGAUUUCAUGAUUUAUAUUACUGUGCUGGGAAAGGUUCUUUUAAAAAGAUGACUUUUCCAUGCCGUUAGCAUUAGAAAAAGUAAAGUUUGUCUUCAUUGUUUUGUUAAAACUUUAUUUAACUUUAUUUAAAAGAAACAUUCUUAUUAAAGUAAUAUAUUUUGAAAUGCUGUCAUGUAUUUCAAUUAGACUACUUUAUAAAUGUGUAU